GCGACUUGCACACUUUGGGAAUUUCCUCUGACACAAUCCAAACACGGUGCUGCCUCGCACGCCCCGGACGGUAUAUAAGAGGGUUGGGUUACACAGCUCAGACAUCAGAAAUCUUCCGAGACAACAAGAGAGCUCACUGCUCCUUCCUAGCACGCAGAGCCAGCAGAAUCAAGGAGAAAAGCUCGCCUCGCCUCUUAUCAUGAGCUGCAAGUUGGUUGUUGCUGUCUUGGCUCUUUUCCUAACCUACGCAGCGGUGUCAGAAGGGAUGAGUCUGGCAAGGAUGGGGAAUGAGCUCCGAUGCCAGUGCAUCACCUUGCAUUCCAGCUUCAUCCGUCCCAGGAACAUUCGGGACGUGAAGCUGACGCCGAGCGGACCUCACUGCCAGAACACUGAAAUCAUCGCUACUCUUAAGGAUGGCAGAGAAGUGUGUUUGGAUCCCACUGCUCAAUGGGUGAAGAUCAUUAUUAAAGCAAUUUUGGACAAAGCUCAAGUCAAUGGUGAGGCAAAACGCUGAGAGAAGCCAAAGAAGAAAAAUCACUGAUGUUUCCCCUUGAAGGAAACAUCUCUGUGAAAAUGCCAGUCCAUCUGCAAGCAGCCCACCUCCUUCUGUUAACAUGUUUUCAGGCAGACUCCAGCUAGCAGUAUCUAUUUUCUAUUUAUGUAUUUAUUUAUUGAGGCGCAUCAUUUUAAGAAAGAUAUUUAUAAAAAAAAAAGGCUCAGUUGACCAUGGGAUAUGCCACUUUCUGAAGUUGAAAACACUGGAUAGGGAAAAGUGAUUUGCUGAGGGAAAUGAAAACCCUUUGGAAACCACUUCAGCUCAACAGGGUUGUUUGUAUGAGUGCAAUGCACUUGCAGCACAGCUGUAUUUAUUCUAAGCCUUGCUCUUUCACUGUGAGAGCAGUAAACUGGCAACAGUUACCCCUCCCCUGCACUGGUAUGUUGCAUCAACAGCACCAUGAGUCAUAGCCAGCCUGAGGCUAGCUACUGACUGGGGUUUUGUGGCUUUCCGAAAUGGAGCAGCCAAAGUGCUGUCAUUUGGGGAGCAUUAGUUAUUGUGCUAUAGCACAUCGAUGUCUUUAUAUCUCGCUCGCUAUUUAAAAAGUUAAUAUUUGAGUAGGAAAAAAAAACUAUUUAAGUGAUUUUGAUUCAUCUGGAUUUUUUCUAAUAUGCUAAAUCCUUAUGAAGAUAGAAUAUUUCACAUUCCUGCUGUUGUGUGUGUUAGGAUUUUGUUAUGUUAAUUAUUGUAUUUAUUUUGUUCAAUGAAUGGAAAAAUGUUGAGGCUCAUGUUGCAAUUUUCUUAUUCCUGUGAAUGUUGGAAUUCCAUCAGUUUUACAUUAAAAUA